AUGGCCGCCACACGAGCCGCUCUCUCCAGCGCAGCUAAGCGACCGUCUGCGUCGCUCAUGCUCGCUGCCACAUCCGCGCGUUGCGUGCGCCCGCAGCUGCGUCUGCUCGCCACCCACGCCGCGCCCGCCACGGCGGCAUCCUCCAAGAAGCCCUGCGCGGACUACGUCUCGCUCUCGCAUCCCGAUGGCGACGCCUCGCGCGGCUCCAAGAUCGCCGACACGCUCGACCGAUUCUCCCACUCGGUGCUUGCGACCUACUCGCGCCCGCAGCUCAUCUUUACGCGCGGCAACGGCCUCGACCUCUACGCCGCCGCGGACCCCAACACCAACCAGGGCCACAACGAGCGCAAGUACCUCGACUUUUCCUCGGGCAUCGCCGUCAACUCGCUCGGCCACGCCGACCCCAAGAUCGCCGAGAUCGCGGCGGAGCAGAGCGCCAAGCUCGUGCAUGCCUCCAACCUCUACCACAACGAGUGGUCCGGUGAGCUCGCCGAUCGCAUGGUCAACCUCACCCACCAGCACGGCGGUCUUGGCUUUGCAAAGGGCUCCAAGCCGACAUCGCCGGACACCGCCGGCCUCAAGGUCUUCCUCGCCAACUCCGGGACCGAGGCGAACGAGGCGGCGCUCAAGUUCGCACGCAAGGCGGCCAAGUCGCACCCGACCAAGGGCGGUGCGCACAAGACGGGCCUGGUGAGCUUCAAGAACGCCUUCCACGGCAGGACGAUGGGCGCGCUCGCCAUGACGCCCAACCCCAAGUACCAGGCGCCCUUUGCGCCGCUCAUCGGCGACGUGCGCACGGGCACGUACAACGACGUGGCGGGCAUCGAGAGUCUGGUCGACGAGACGACGGCGGGCGUGAUUGUGGAGCCGGUGCAGGGCGAGGGCGGAAUCUUCCCGGCGUCGAUCGAGUUCCUCACGGCGCUGCGCAAGCGGUGCGACGAGGUGGGCGCCAUGCUGAUCUACGACGAGAUCCAGUGUGGCCUCUUCCGCGCGGGUACGCUGUGGUGCCAUAGCGAGUACCCGACGAGUGCGCACCCGGACAUGGUGACCAUGGCCAAGCCGCUGGCGAACGGGUUCCCGAUCGGCGCGGUGCUCAUGCGCGACUCGGUGGCGCAGCUGAUUGCGGUGGGCGACCACGGCACGACGUUUGGGGGUGGACCGCUGACGAGCCGGAUUGCGCACCACGUGCUGGGUAGGCUGGCGAGCAAGGAGCUGGGCGACUCGAUGAAGGAGAGCUCGCAUGCGCUGCUCGGUCGGCUGCGCGAGCUCGUGGCCAUGUUCCCGGACGUGCUGCUCGAUGAUGCGGCGGCGGGCAAGCCGAGUCCGCGCGGCAAGGGCCUGAUUGUGGGUGUGAGCACCAGGGACCCCGCGCACGCGGGCAAGGUGGUUCAGCUCGCCCGCCAGCGUGGACUGCUCAUCCUCACCGCAGGCACCGACACGAUUCGUAUCCUGCCGAGCCUGACGGUGACGCGCGAACAGGUGGACAAGGCGGUGGACAUUAUCGAGUCGUGUCUGCUCGUCGUGCGCGACGAGAUGCAGCGUUCGACCUCCACCCGCGUCUCUUCGAGCAAGCAGCAACAGAUCCGGGCCUUUUCCACCUCGACUCGCACCUCGGCUGCGGCUGCGGGUGAGCAGGCGUCGGCAGCCGAGAUCCAGGCGGUGUACAAGCAGUUUAUCGAGCUGGGCGAGUCGUGGCCCAAAGACCCUUUGCGACCGGACAUUGACUUUGGUGCGUCGAUCAGCGCAGCUGCUCAGACGGCGUUGCUUUCGGUUGCGUCGCAGUCGGCGGUGCAUCCGGAGCAGGUGCACAGGCCGCGCGGUGCACCGCUUCCGGAUCCGCUACCGGGCACGCGCACGCUGACGAAAGACGAGCUGGCGUACGCACAGCAGAGCCUGACGCUGCUGCGUGAGCUGCGCGACAACAAGGUGCAGCUCGAGUAUCCGCUGCCCGAGAGCAUGCUCAAGCCCAAGAGUCAGCCCGAGUACUACGAGCGUCUGAUCCGCAGCAUCGAGCGUGCGGUGCAGGGCAAGAGCAUCGCACCUUCGUUCGCAGAGCGCGUCAAGAGGUUCUUUGGCCGUGCCUAG